AUGAACGGCAAGCCUCUUACCCGCAAAACCACAUCCGAAGGACUAGUCCUCUAUCCAAACAAACGUUUGAUAGUCUGCUGUGAUGGAACAAUGAAUCAGGAUGAUGUAAAAGGGCAACCUUUAACAAAUGUGGCCAAAAUUGCUCGAUGUGUCGACGACGAGGAUAGAUGGACAGAGCAGACUUUCAUUCAAGUCGUACACUAUCAACCCGGAGUAGGUACGGGGACUAGUCGCUGGACUAACGGGCGAGACGCAGCAUUGGGUAAAGGACUUUCGAGAUCGAUUCGGGCAGCUUACAGUUUCAUCUGCCUCAAUUGGUCAAGUUGUAAAGAUGAAAUAGUUCUCAUCGGGUUCUCGAGGGGUGCAUUUACUGUAAGAUGCGUGGCACAGUUCAUCAAUGAUGUUGGAUUAUUGACCAAGAGCGGACUGCGGCAUCUUCCUAAACUUUUCAGGGCUUGGAGCCACUUGAACAUCAAGGAUAGAAGUAUGGUGGAUCAAUUCAAUGCUUGGUGUGAUGAACUCAAGGCUUGGGGAGAACUCUUGGAGGAAACCGUGGAGAUUAAAGCAUGUGCAGUUUGGGAUACUGUGAAAGCUGUCAGCAAAUCACACUUUCCAGCUGUUGGAGAAAUCGUUCCUGGGAAUGUCAGACUCGCGAUCCAAGCCCUCGCACUGGGCGAGAAACGAAAGCUAUUCGAUCCAAUGAAGUGGAGACUGGCAGAGGAUUCGAAGGAUCAGAAACUCAGUCAAGUUUGGUUUGCGGGAAAUCAUUCGGACGUUGGGGGAGGAAAUAAGGACAUGACUCUCGCAAAUAUCACACUCGCCUGGAUGAUAGGACAACUCACGAACGAAAUUCAUUUCAGCCAUGAGACGUUGUGGUCUAUUUCUACUACCCGCGAGUGGUCGAAGCCGUCGGCUGCCAGUGAUGAGAAAGACCCCGAUGGUCUGAUGAAACACUGUAAAGUUGUUGCUACAGCUCCUAUCUCUUCAGACCUAUUACGGUCAAGAGACGAAUUGCCGUCAAGGCUCAUGCGAAUAGGUGGCUUCGGUUCAAGAGAUCCAGAAAAGGACCAGAUCCACUACAGUGUCCACAUUUUACUCUAUCUUGGGAUCGCAUCGUACACCAAAGUCACCCGGCUCGACGAUAAAGGCCUCAGUGAAGCCAUACCCAAGAAUGAUGAGAACAAGUUCGAAGCAGAGAUUCUUGAAAGAUGGUCAAAGCAUAUUCUCUGUGCUCACAUCAAUCUCCAACAAGCUCGUAAUAUGGCCGAGACCUUCACGCCAGAAAAUCCGGUGUACGGGGAGCGCUUGCAAGAAAACAUGCUGGAAAAUGCCUCGUAUAAUGCAGAUAUUCCAAUCUCAGCAAUACUUUCGGCGUUUGGUCGCCUCAAACAGAACGACAAGAGCGAUGAACUGAACAAGGUUUUCAAGGACUUGCAGGGUCAAAGUCACAGCGCCUACGCACGGAAAAAGCUACCAUGGAUUCCGCAGAAGCCGAAGAAAGCAACAUUCGAGUUCAAGCAUUACGACGAUGCAAAAGCAGGCCCGGAAACCAUAUCCGAGGCACUGCUCAAGGUUGAAUACAGCGAAUACUCACCGAAGCCCACCCUUGUGCUUACUCGGACAUUCCCACUUCUAUUAGGCAGAUGCCACGCCUUACCGCCACCCCCUCCGACUUCAAUGGUUGAACAGUAUGUCCAAUCCUUUAAGAAGAGAUUCGGCAGGGAGGUUCAAGGUACGCUUCCAUGUGCGAAGUGCGCGCAAAUUUGGGCAUCAGCACCUACCGCCAACGCCCCGGAACCGUCGCGGCGACGAGAUCAAUCUCCAUCUACAUCAGAAGACUCGAGUUGA